CGCAUAUAUUAUAUCUUAUGUACUAAUUACCAUUCUAUUUUUUACCCUCUCCAAAUACCCAUAAUCCCCAUAUACCGCCGCCAUGUCUAUCGAAGGAUAUACCGACCUCAAGUGGUUCCUCGUCACAUCUCCCGCCGAGUAUGUGGCCCAUGUGCAAACCAACCGCCCGGCCAAGUUCAAUGCGUACCAUGAGCCCAUGUGGCUGGAGCUGAACCAGAUCUUCAACAAGCUCUCUGUCGACUCCAACGUCCGCGCCGUUGUAUUCUCGGGAGCCGGAGAUAAGGCAUUCACCACUGGGCUCGAUGUGCAGGCUGCCAGCCAGGGCGGCGUCUUGGGUGGCGGCGAGAACAAAUUAGAUAUUGCUCGCCAAUCCGUGCAGAUCCGUCGCCAUGUCGAGGAGUUCCAGAACUGCAUCUCUUCUUUGGAGAAGUGCGAGAAGCCGGUGAUUGCGGCUAUACACGGCUAUGCGUUCGGUCUCGCCAUUGAUCUGUCUUGCUGCGCGGAUAUCCGUAUUGCCUCAAAAGACGCAAAGUUCUCUGUUAAGGAGGUCGACAUCGGUCUUGCCGCAGACAUCGGCACCCUUGCCAGACUGCCAAAGAUCGUCGGUAACCACAGCUGGGUCAAGGAGGUGACAUUGACGGCCCGUAUCUUUACCGCCGAGGAGGCACGCCAGGUGGGAUUUGUGAGCCACGUUGAGGAGAACAAGGAGAAGGCAGUCCAGAAGGCCGUCGGAUUGGCCACCCUGAUCGCCUCGAAGAGCCCCAUCGCUGUCCAGGGCACCAAGGAGCUCCUGAACCACGCGAGAGAGAACACCACUGCUGCGACUCUCCGUUACACUGGAGUCUGGAACUCCGCUGCUUUACACACCGACGACGUCAAGGCCGCUCUUCUUUCUGGGAUCAAGAAGACGAAGCCUACAUUCUCGAAGUUGUAGUUGGCGAAAAUCUGCAAUUAUAUCGCAAUGUAUCUGUGUCUGAGUAUAUACCGCAACGAUUAGGAGGAAGCUACAAUAAGCAAAUGAACA